CGUUUCGGAUUUGUUCGAAGGACGGACCGCCCGGUGUCACGUCAUUAGCUGUCCGUCUAGCAUAGUAGUAUAGUGAAGCAGCGUAGGCACUGUUAGUCGUUUUCUUACAAGCUGUGUUGUGAACACUUUUGAUGGACUGCGUGGAGGAGAAAGACACAGAAGCAAAAGCGCCUUCAGUUGUCGACCGAUAUUACACGCGAUGGUACAGAGCCGAUAUGAAAGGGAAUCCAUGUGAGGACCACUGCAUUCUGCAGCAUUCAAACAGAAUAUGUGUUGUCACGUUAGCAGACACUCACCCGAUCCUUCAGAACGGGCGGACAGUCAAAAGCAUCAAUUACCAGAUCAGUAACGGCUGCAGUCGGCUGAACAAUAAAGUGUCUGGGAAGUCCAAGCGGGGGGGUCAGUUCCUUACUGAUUUUGCACCUCUGUGUAGGAUAACAUGCACAGAUGAAACUGAAUACACAAUCUACAGCUGCAUCCGUGGACGUCUUCUUGAAGUCAAUGAAAAUAUUUUAGAAACACCUUCUCUCUUGCUGGAAAAGCCAUCCACCGAAGGAUACAUUGCUGUCAUCCUUCCAAAGUUUGAGGAGAGCAAGAGCAUAACAGAGAAUCUUCUGAGCAGAGAGGAGUUUGAGAGUGUUGUUUCCAAACGCACUGCAGCCCAGUCACAACCCACUUGACAGAGCUCCAUGUUUUUGCCUUAUUUCAGUCAAAAAGUAUUCUAGGAGAGCUUCCCUCCUUUCCACUCCCACCAGUUUGGAUGAAGACUGGAAACAUUAUACUGGAAAGUGACAGUUUAUGUUUGGUCAUAUCAAAGGGACUGUUGUGUAUAAUGCAAGCACUGUACUGUGCCUCUCUAGACUAUUACACAUUGCAUUUCAUUGUGUUGGAAAUUGAGGAGGGUGUCAGGAAGCAUUCUUUAUUUAUUGUUUGGUUUUUCUCAUUUAAAAAAAAUGGGAAAAUAGAGGAAAGCAUGACAAAUUACAGUUGCAAUUACAGACAAAAACAAGUCUGUUUGUUAAAUACCCUGAACCCUGAAUAUUCAGUUUGAAUUAUUUUUAUAGAAUGUCAAUAAAGACGAACAGUGAUUUAA